AUGGUCGCAGCUGCCAUCCCUUGGACAGCACUUUGGGGCUCCAAUGAAGGGUGGCUGUGGUUCUUCUCGCGAGGUUCGAAGCACAAAGAGGGCGCUGUGGCAUGGAUGAAGCACUUUCUCUCAGAGCGAAUCAAGGGCUUUGCAGGCAAAGGAGUGGUCCUCUAUCCUGAAGGCACGCGGUCUUUGCUUCCGGAGGGCUUGCCACUUAAGCUGGGCGCCCUUGGAGCAGCCUAUGAGCUCCAAUGGCCGGUGCAGGUGGUCAUUACCACCAACAAGGAGUGCGUCACUGCCGAGAGGGCCACUUGGUAG